AUGUCCCUUUCACGAGCAAUGACCAUGUCGAUGUCGUCUUCUCGUCCGCCCGCGAAGAUACGAAAGGAGCCUUCUCCGGAGCGUGAAAGACCGACCCAAGAACUCAUACAAGAAAUUCUAGAGGAGCUCGAUUCGGUCAUGAAGAUGAAGCGCCCCGACAAGCCAGCGAAAGCCUAUGCCUGUCACGAUGACUUAAAAAUUAUCUGGAAGAGAAAGAGAAUCAAAGCUCUCAUUGGACCCAGCAACCCGUCUGAUGCUCAGGUCGACUUUAUUCAGAAGAAUAUGAUUAUUAUUCUGUCAACUCUGGUGUGGAUCGGAGCCUCCAAAUGUCUCACUCAGUUCAGGUCGAGAUUCUUCGAGCCUAUUGCUAGCUGUGAAGCUCGUUUCACGGACAAGCAAAUGCCAUGUUUCGACAAAGACAAGCUUUAUUUUCUGGACUCUGAACCUGCUUUGAAAGGACGAUUCCAUGAAAACCACUUCCAUUUCUGCCCUGUCAAAAUCAAUAUCGAAAACCGUCAAACUACACAGGAAAUAGACCCGAACGAAAAACUUCCAUUCGAGCGUAUUGAGAAGGGGGUUGGAUCUGGCGGAUUCGGUAAAGUCGACAAAGUGGCUAUUUCGCCGAAAUAUUAUUACCACAAGAAAGCAGGCCAAGAUACCAUUUUCGUCUCUGAAGAGGUUUAUGUGGUCGCUUGCAAGAAGAUCAAACUCAAAGAUGAUUUUGACAAAGAGAAAGACAAUCUUCAAAUCUUGAAGGAAAGCUUGACGAAACAUGUCAGAAUUAUGUUGCAUCUUACCACCAUCGAACAUGGUUUGAGUCGCUAUAUCUUGCUACCAUAUGCAGCUUAUGGUGACCUUGAAGUGUUUCUCCAUGGCGGUUACGCACCUGGCGAGAAAACUCCAAAAUACGAUUUCGAUAACCGUUUCAAACGUUUGAACGGGCGGGAUAUGAUUCUUCCCCUAUUUGCUGAAUGUCUAGUACUUGCUGAUGCGCUCAAAUGGCUUCACAACCAGAUCAGGAUCGAGAAAACGUCUGACACUGUUUUCUGUGCCCACAUGGAUUUGAAGCCUGCAAAUAUUCUAAUCCAACCAGAUGACAAAUCAGUUGUUGGAAAAUGGAUGAUCUCAGACUUUGGCAUCUCGGUAUUCAAAGAAGACACUGAACAACAUGAUCCUGAUUAUGGUUCAAUUGGAGAUUAUAUCUCACAGGUGACCAUGAACACGCGGCCUAAACGGCAAGAGGGGACUUAUCAAGCACCGGAAGUCAAGCUUGCUGAAAUAGGUUUCAACCAGUCCUCCCAUUUGACACCAGAUCAACGCGGAAUUGGUCGCAAAAGUGAUGUGUGGUCUUUCGGUUGCAUUCUCAGCGAGAUCUUGGCAUUUUCUCAAGGCAGAGCAGCCCUGGUGAAGGAAUUUUCCAUGGCACGGAAAAAGAACUCUAAAGACGACUACUUCUACGCAACAGCAACGAGCGAGUCCCUCGGGCUUACCAAAAGUUACGAAGUCAGACCAACAGUCAUCUCUUGGCUGGAUGAUUUGAGCAAGAAGGCUGCAAGUCCACAGAGAUGGUUGGAUUGCUAUGUCGGCACAAUCAAAAAGAUCCUCAUCGUGGACACCACGCUUCGGCCGAGCGCAGAACAAUUAUUGAUGCUUAUGCAGCAUGUCAAGGAUCACAUCAAGCACUCUUUAGAAGGCGGUCAAGUCGCAUGUCGGGUGCUCAGUUUGCAAGAGGAGCUGAAACCCAAGACGAUCCCGCGCAAACCAGUCAGAUCUUCAACCCAAUCUCCAUAUUCACACCAAAGUCCAGCUCCACGAAGAUAUUCCAACCCUCCAGUCUCGAAACCGAGAGAUAGUGCAACAAACAACCUGACACCUAUCAUGUUUCGUUCGACGACAUUCGAACAGGAGCGCAUUCACCCAGAAGGCCACGAAGAAGACCAUGGAGUUGAGCUGAUGGAAACAGUCGCUGAAAUGGAUUCAGAUACUGAAAUUCCCAGUAUUGACAGCACCAUGCCAACUGCAGAAGCUGUAAUAUCGGACCCUACUUCAGAUCUUGCGAGAAUUCCUGGCACACUGUCGACGACUGAAUCUCCUCGGGUACCGUUCCCAGACCAAAACCAAGACCAUGAACCUGUUCGACCGGAGCCUCAUCCGAUUCAACAAGGAUCUGAUCAGCCAGAGCCUAACUCAGGCCAAAGAUCCUCGCUCUUCACGUCGUACGCUAGGCCUGCACAUGCUCAUGGUAUCAAGAUAGACCGAAAUCCACCUCCCAUGAUUCAACCAUUUCCCUACAUUUCUUUGCCACCACCAGCUGGUUCGACCUUCAAGAUUACUUCGAUGGCACUAACAAGAUCAAUUUAUGGAGCUCGACUUGCGUGUCUCUCAAAGUCAUCAAUAUUUAUCUACACUUUAAUGACGAAGAAUCUAUCAGGAAUUUUGGAUUGCAAAGUUGAUCUUCCGGCAUCGAACGGCUGGACUGGUAUUGCUUUUGCUGGUAACUUUCUUGCUGCAUGGGGCUACGAUUCUGGCAAACUGGUCUAUUUUUGCGACCUCAGGCUUGAAGACUCGAGGUCACUUCCUACGAGCGAAACAGGAAUGCUUGAGAAAGUGGCUGUCUCUGAGCAGGGAGUAGCGGCAUUGGUGUGCAGAAAAAAGAUAGUAAUUGUCACGAUGGGCAGUUCUAAAGAAACAAUCUCACUGUAUGCGUCAGGCGAUCAAAACUUCACCCAUGCUGCUUUCAACGAUACUGGAGAUCUUCUAUUUGCAUGGGCAUACGGGCAGACAGACAAACUCUAUUGUUGGCGUUGUCAAGAUAGUGUGUUCCAACGAGCAACUGAGUCCGAAAGCCCAUACGAGACAGUCAAAAUCGGAAAACCAGAUCUCACGACAGUCAUUCCCUACAAUUCUUACCAAGGCUGCAUAAUCGAGAAGCCGGAUAAAACACUUUUCCCAGCACAAAUCCGCUCCACUCUCAGAGAAAACAAGAAUCCGUUCCCCCGCAAUGAAGUCAAACUUUCAAACCUACAAGCAGCAUGCAUAUUCAAUGAUCAUUCCUUGAUUACUGUGGAGAAAGGGAAAAUGCACAGACGGCUCAGGGAGUAUAAGAUCAGCUACUCCAGUACGCAUGUCUUAGAAACUCCUGGUGUUGAGAUCUGUGGAAAUCUGAAGUCAAGCACAGACUCAGCAUCGCGGAUGUUGGCAGUCAAAGACGGCGAAAAUAUCGUAAUUAUAAUCUGCAAUAAGAACGCUACCGUCGAGUUUGUCAAGGUCGUUCAACCGGCAGCGAGACCGAUCAGGUGA